CAAUUCGAAAUUCGAAGAAUAGAUUGGAACAGUCGGGUUUCUCAUCUGUCACAUAACCUCCAAAAUGGAUAUACUUUCUCGACCAGCCACAGAGUUUGAAAAUGAUCACAGCCUGGAGUUAUUGUGGGCAGAGAAGGCAUAUGAGCACGCGGAAGUUUACUUUAAUAUGCUGUGCAGUGUCGAUCCUCGUCUCUUGAAUCUCACACCACACGAUGAUGUUAUUUACCGGACGUUCCGCAAGGAGUUUCCGGACUUUGAUGUGUCAGCUGUGAAUGAGGAUGAGCUCAAGAGUACAGCCGAAAAGGCCAAAUGGAGGGUAUUUAUUGAGAAAUUCAACAAAUUGGAGAAUUUCAGCUAUGGAACUUUGCUCAGACCGAGAUCAAGUGAGGAAUUUUCAGCAGAUAAUGCAAUCCUUGUGGUGCGAAUACAGUUUCUGGCCAUUGAGAUUGCUCGGAAUAGGGAGGGACACAAUGAUCGCUGGAGAAAACGUCCCAAUCCCCUUAAAAAUGUCAAGUGAUUGAAUAAAAAAAGCUUUUUGAUACUCUCUCA